GGGACAGAGUAAAGAAAUUUUAACGCCUUCCAUGCUCGAUCCUACUCCCUCCCUCCCUCCCUCCCUUAAUUCAUUUUCAUCUCGUCUCUCUAUCACUCUUCAAACUUUCUCAAACCCUAAGCCCAAUUGGAUAUAGUCAAAUUCAAGCUCCAUUUUCCCAAUCCGUUUUAAUUAAAAUUUAUGUAUUAUUUUUGCGAUUGUCCAUUCAAAAGGCAGAUUGAAGCUCUAAGUUCUUAUUUAGCGGCCUUACCAAUCAUGGAAUUGUCGAAAUAGCUUGAGCUCGCACAAGAAGCCGAGAGAGAAGAAGAAGAAGAAGAAGAAGAAGAAGAAGUCAGUUUGUUGGAGCCUCGUGGCUCCAAUUUUACCAUUUGAUUGAUCGUCUUAUGCAUUAAUUUCUUGAUGUUAGGGUAGCUAAUGAAGAUCACUGCGUAUUACGAUCUCGUUUCCCUGCUCACCUACUCAACUCCCACAUGGGCAAGCCUGGUUGCCGGUCUCUUUUUACUUGUCACUCUUUCUCUUUCCAUGUACCUCUUGUUCGAGCAUCUAUCUGCCUACAAGAAUCCUGAGGAGCAAAAGUUUUUGAUUGGGGUUAUUCUCAUGGUUCCUUGCUAUGCUAUAGAAUCGUUUGUAUCUCUGGUGAAUCCAUCAAUUAGUGUUGAUUGUGAGAUACUACGUGAUUGCUAUGAAUCAUUUGCUAUGUACUGCUUUGGAAGAUACCUCGUUGCCUGCUUAGGUGGAGAAGAAAGGACAAUCGAAUUUAUGGAAAGACAAGGACGGGCAAGUAUGAAGGCCCCUCUGUUAGAGCACAAUUCUGAAAAAGGAACCAUUAAGCACCCCUUUCCUAUGAAUUAUAUCUUAAAGCCAUGGAGACUUGGUCGAUGGUUUUACCAAGUUGUCAAAUUUGGUAUUGUACAAUAUAUGAUAAUCAAGUCUAUGAGUGCUAUUUUAGCUGUAAUUCUUGAAGCCUUCAGCACGUAUUGUGAAGGAGAGUUUAAAUGGGGAUGCGGGUAUCCCUAUAUUGCGGUGGUUUUGAAUUUCAGUCAAUCUUGGGCUUUGUACUGUCUGGUUCAGUUUUAUGCUGCCACAAAGGAUGAACUUGCACAUAUAAAGCCAUUAGCGAAGUUUCUAACAUUUAAAUCAAUUGUUUUUUUAACUUGGUGGCAAGGUGUAGCAAUUGCUCUUCUCUCUGCCCUUGGUUUGUUCAAAGGUGCUAUCGCACAGGGUUUGCAGUUUAAGUCGAGUGUUCAGGACUUUAUCAUUUGCAUAGAGGUAGAUGUGUUCUAUUUCCAAUACAUUAGCUCCUUAUAUUUUGGUCUAAUGGGAGACUGCUUCCGAGGAACUGUUUCAGUUUUAGGAGACUAUGCUGCUGCUGAUUGCCCUCUGGCUGAUGAGGUUAGGGACAGUGAGCGACCCACAAAGUUGCGUCUCCCUCCUGACAUGGAUGUGAGGAGCGGUAUGACCAUCAAAGAAAGUGUACGAGAUGUUUUUGUUGGUGGUAGUGGAUAUAUUGUGAAUGAUGUUAAAUUUACUGUGACUCAAGCAGUGGAGCCUGUGGAGAAGGGUAUUACAAAGUUCAAUGAGAAGUUGCAUAAGAUCUCUCAAAACAUCAAAAGGCAUGACAAGGAUAGGAGAAGGACAAAGGAUGACAGUUGUCUUGCCUCAUCUUCACCAGCCCGAAGGGUGAUCCGAGGAAUUGAUGACCCACUUUUAAAUGGUAGUUUUAGUGAUAGUGGUGUUACAAGAACCAAGAAGCAUCGGCGGAAAUCAGGAUAUACUAGUGCAGAAAGUGGGGGAGAAAGCAGCAGUGAUCAAAACUAUGGCAGGUAUCAAAUCAGGGGGAGCAGAUGGCUCACCAAAGAUUAAGCUGUGGUGAAUAUCAUUACUCCUGGUAUUAAGCAGCCAAAGAUACUUGUUUUUCUCAUGGAGAUGCAUCUGGGUUUGUAAGCACUAGUCAAGAAGAGUUUUAUGAGGAAGAGCCGCUAGACAAUGACAAUGAUGUGUUUUUUUCAACCCAAAUUCCUAAGGUGGAUAAUUUUCAGCUGAUGUAGUGAUUGCUUGGCAAAGAAGCUUAGGUACUUUUAAUGUUAUUGCACAAUGGAGGUUCAAACAUGUGUAUAGAGAUUUUUCAUUAGGCAUAGCUGGUUAUAUAUUAUUGUUAUUAUUAUACACAAGGGUUUUUACUUCAUGUCAAAUGAUUCCUUUAGAUAUAUUUUUGGCCAUGCCCCUUUUAUGAAAAUUGAAUGACAGUCUUUGUCCCCA